AUGUCAUCCGAACCACUGUCAAGCCCUUCCCCGUCGAACCGGUCAGAUCUGAUUGGGCGUGUGGAGUACUCGUCUUUACCACCCGCAUCAUCCCAAGGAACCUCGUUGCCGACGACUCCAUCACCUCGUCCUCGCGAGUGGGCGAAAUGGCCUGGAUUCGAGCGCUAUACUGGCGGCCAGGAUACGAGGGCGUGGUGGCAGCAAUACGGGUAUCGUGUUGAGGACCGGUCCACCUCGCGCCAGGGCAACAGGCUGAAGUGGAUCUGCGCGGAUUGCUUCGCCCGAGGCUUCAAGAAGAAGUCAGACUUCUGCUUCGUCUGCUCAACAGGAGCCGCUAUCAAGAAGCACCUUCGUAACGCCCACGGAAUUCUGGCCCCAAACGACGUUGCCGGAGGCGUGCGAGCCUCAUCUCUGGACGGCCGGCCCAUCACCCACUUCAUUGGUGCCGACUUCAAUAAUCCGCACGACCAGUUCCUUGUCAGCAAGCUGCGUGGAAGAUUCAACAGCAAGGGGCUCCGGGUGCUCCUACUCGACUGGAUCACGUACCAUAAUCUGCCAUUCGAUAUCGUCAACACCGAGAGGUUCCAACGGCUCCUUCUCUACGGCAAUCCGCUCCUUGAUGCGACCCAUAUACCCUCUGGGAAGACGCUACUUCGCAUGCUCGAAUCUGAAUACAGAGGUGCCGUCGGGCCCGUAACGGAAGUACUUCGCACCGCUCGAUCACAGGUUCACUUCUCCUUCGACGGCUGGUCAUCCAAGUCCUACACCGCAUUUCUGGGCAUCAAUGCUCAAUUCAUUGAUCACGACUUUGCCCAACACCGCAUCCUCCUUGGGCUGCGACCUCUCUCGGGCAAACACAACGGUGCGUCGCUUGCCGAUGAGGUCGCCGAUACACUGGCAUUCUGGCAAGUCAACAACCCAGACACGGUCGGCUACUUCACACUGGACAAUGCUGCAAACAAUGACACCUGCAUGGAAGACCUUGCCUUUGAGCACGGCUUCUCACCCGGAGAGCGACGGAUCCGAUGCGCUGCGCAUAUCCUCAACCUCUGUGUGCGGGCAAUGCUGUACGGUUCGAAGCGAGAGAAUUUUGCUGCAAUUGUUGCUGCCGAUGGGGACGAUCUAGAUGACGACGAGGAGGAGUACAGUCAGAACGGCGCCCCUGGAAUGCUCCAUAACAUCGGUCUUCAGCUGCGAAACACACAGCUGUACGAACAGUUUCUUCAGUCUCAACGUAAGGAAUCCGGCCACGGAACAACACUUCACUGGGCCUUCAACAAUGCCACCCGGUGGAACUCGGACAUGCGUAUGAUGGAACGGGCUCUUCGACUCCGCCCGGCGCUCAAUACCUUCUUUAAUGACGUUCAGAACCGGUGGGAAACCGAGGGCCUCUGUGACAGAACGAAGCCGGCAGUUCUGCAAUACCGCUUAAGUGCGUACGACUGGAAAGUUAUCGGGGUACUUGUCAAGCUUCUGAAGCCUUUCGAGAUUGCCAACAAGCAACUUCAGGGCAGCGGUGUUCCCGGUGGUAGGUCCACAUGUGGCAGUUUCGAUGAAUACUUCCCUGUCUUUGAGAUCUUACUUGACCACCUCGAAAGUGCUAUCGAAGGCACAAUCUUCGAAGAGGUUGAGGAUCCAGUGACCAGGGAGAAGAAGGACGUUGAACUCGGAUGGAAGAAGCUACAUAAAUAUUACAGCCGGCUGACUAGCGCUGCAUAUGUCGGGGCUGUUGUCUUCAAUCCUGCGAAAAAGUGGCGCCUUCUCGAUCAACUGUGGUCUCGAUAUAGGGAGCGCGACGUUGACAACGAGAUCCUCGCUACGUCCGAUGAGGCCUCCAUGGAUUACAUUGAGCGGAGACUUGCGAGGACUGUAGCUGACGAAACCGUCUACGGCGGGAGCGACUGGUGA